CUGACCGUUGUGGUUAAAUUAGAUAUUGGUGGGGAAACAUGUUUAUUUCUUUUUUUAACGUCCUUUUACUAAUUUUAUUUGUUGAGAUUAACGGGCAAUCUGGAAGUGAUGUGACUAAUCUACUGACGGCACUGUUUACUACAAAUAGUUAUGAUAAACGUGUAAGACCAAAGUCGGAUCAAACUACAGCAACGACUGUAGAUUUGGACUUGUACUUGGUCGGAAUUAACGAUAUAGACGAAAUAGAAGGGAAACUAACAACAACUGCGUUUUUACAUUUGGGAUGGAUAGAUGAAUUUCUGGUAUGGAGUCCACCAAGUUACAACGGUGUAGGAUACUUCUAUAUUCCACAGUCAGAUAUCUGGAAGCCGGAUAUAACAUUAGAAAAUGGUUUUUCUAAACUUAAGGAACUUGGAAAUAGUUUUAUCAAUGCAGCUGUUGCGAUGGAUGGACAAGUUUUUUGGAAACCCUUCGAAGUAUUUGAAACAAAAUGUUCCCUAGACACGAAGUACUUUCCAUUUGAUAAACAGACGUGCAAACUAAGUUUUGUCGUGUGGUCAAGUGGUAUCGAAGAUGUUAAUGUAACACUUUGGAACAAUGGAAUCAACCUGGACUAUUAUGAGGAAAAUUCCGAAUGGACAGUUUUAUCGACAGCACAUAUUGAAGCAUCUGAUGCAGCAGAAUCAAGAGUGGUGUUUUCACUGAACAUAGAACGUAAUUCUGCAUAUUAUAUAAUGAACAUUAUUCUUCCAGUUAUUCUUUUAAGUUUUCUGAAUGUAUUAACAUUUGCUCUUCCUGCCGAUAGUGGUGAGAAGAUUUCACAAUGUAUAACCGUGUUUUUGUCGUUUGCCGUUUUCCUCACUAUAGUCAAUGCAGAACUUCCAAAGACAUCUGGCUCGAUCGUAGGAUAUUAUCUGAUAUUUCAACUAGCAAUGGGAACGAUUGUUAUAACCAUAACUGUCUUACAGCUUAGGCUUCAUCAUCGGAAAGAUCCCGUUCCUCCAUCCGUGAUUAAAAUUAUAAAAUGUCUGCCGUUUAAUAGAAUUGCAGCCGUGAACAGUACGGACAAAAACAAAGUUGAAAUUAUUCAAGUUAAAAAUACAGAGCCAGAUAAUGAUGACUGUGAAACAGAAACAACUUGGAGUGACGUUGUUUCAUCGAUAGAUUUUGUAAUGUUUUGGACAGCUCUUGGUAUUGUCAUGACUGCCACCAUUGUCGUUUUAACCAUUCUAAGUACACGCUAGCACAGUCUUUUAGAAAGAUAUGAACUGUCAUUUAGACUAAUUUUUGAAUAAAAAGUG